AUGGGUUUAGGAUCUAGCGCCCAGUAUAAGGUCCGACAGUGCGCUAAGUGUCAGGGAGAUACAGAAUUCUUCUGUAACACGUGUAAUCAUGAUUUGUGCUUUCGAUGUAAAGAAAGACAUGUUAUUGAGCUAGAUACCAAACAGCAUUAUGUUGUGAUUUACCGGGAGAAAUAUGACUUUCUAAAACAAGAGACCUGUAUGAGACAUCAAGACAGAAUAUGUAAAAAAUAUUGUUAUUCAUGUGAACUUCCUGUUUGCGCCAAGUGUGAAAAAUACAUACAACAUGAAACACUGGACAUUAGAAAAGCGUAUAAAACAAUCCGUGAACAACAUAGAGACAUCCUUCACAGAAUCAGAAGUGAGACUCUCUAUAAUAGCCGUUUUUUCCUGGCCCAAAUCAAAACAGAUUUAAAAACUGCUCAAACAGAGAUCAUCAACCAUCAGAUGAAAAUGUCGACAAAAGCCCAGAGACUUAAGGACCUAAUUGAUACUGUAAUGUGUGAUAUUCAAGUCAGAAACAAAAAAAUCAUGGAUUUAACGAUUUAUGGGUUACGACAACAGAAGAGAAAUAUAAAGAGACACCUUGCCAGCAUAGAAAAAUAUGAAUAUUGCGAUAAACAGUCAGCGGACAGACCUGUAGAAUUCCUCUAUUUUCUUAAAAACACGUUUGUCCCAAAGAUAAGGGCCAAUCAUUAUUGUGCACAAUACGCCUUGCUCUUUCUAUCUGCGGAAAUCAACAUGGAGGAUGUGAUUAAGCUUUUGAGUAAAAUACAAAUCAUAGAGAGAGGACAAAGACGAGUAAGAAAUGAAUGCUUCCUGGAACUGAUGUCUACACCUGUAUUAGUCAGAUCUGUUAAACUGAAAACGUCUGGUCUAAUAACACACAUUUCUUGUCUGAAUUCAGACCGGUUUUGGAUAAGUCAAUGGCAUAGCUGCAUUAGUGAUAUAAUCUUAAUAAAUACCGAAGGGGGUGCGCUGCAUCACCUGACAAGUAUAGAUAAUUUAAGCUGGAAAAAUAUUUAUGGAACUCAGACAGUGAACAAAAAAGGCGAAUUAAUUUAUUUAGACUUUAAUAAUGAAGUUUACAAGCUUUCUUUAGGUAAUACAACAAAGUCUGCACUGAUAAAAGGAACAGACACAUGGGAUCCUAGGUGUGUCUAUUCCUCCAUCCUGAAUGGAGAUCUACUGGUCGGGAUGUUCAGUUAUUUUGAACAAGCAGGUAAGAUAAACCGUUACAACAAUACAGGACAACACAUACAGACAAUACAACACAACACCAAGGGUCAGCAACUGUAUAAUGUACCUUACUACAUAACAGAAAACCGCAAUGGAGAUGUCAUUGUGUCUAACUUAGGUCGUUUAGUGGUGACAAAUCGUAAAGGAAGACACCGCUUCUUCUACACUGGACCUUCAACAUCAUCACUAUUACAACCGUAUGGAAUCUGUACAGACGCGCUGUCACACAUCCUGGUGUGUGAUUGGAUAACCAACACAGUACAGAUGAUUGACAAAGAUGGUCAUUUUCUGUCACGGAUACUGACACGAACGCAAGGAAUAUACAGACCAAACAGCUUAUGUUAUGACAUCAAAACACAUCUCCUCUGGGUUGGAUCAUGGAAUGACAACACACUGUGUGUAUAUAAAUACAUAAAAAGAAAGAGCUGUGAGACAGAUACUAGAACAACGUCUACAUUGAUAGAAGCAACAGACCUAUGGAAGCCACGAUGUGUCUUUUCCUCACCCGUCAAUGGAGAUCUACUCAUUAUACUGGUUAGGAAGUUUUGUUUUAAUAGAAACAAGAUAAAUCGAUACGAUAGCACAGGACAACACAUACAGACAAUACGUGACAAUAGGAUUCAGCAACUGUACAGUAAUCCUAUAUACAUUGUAGAGAACCGCAACGGAGAUGUCAUUGUGUUUGACUAUAACUGGUUACGUGGUGCUGUAGUGGUGAGAGAUCGCGUAGGACGACAUCGCUUCUCUUAUACCGGACAUCAAUCUGGAUCACGACUACAGCCACGUGGAAUCUGUACAGACGCUCUGUCACAUAUCAUUGUGUGUGAUCUUAAAACUUUGACAAUACAAAAAAUUGACAAGGACGGUCACUUUCUGUCAACGAUACUGACAGGACAUUUAGGAAAAAUUCCACACACCCUAAGUUAUGACAACAAAACUCAUCUCCUCUGGGUUGGUUUCUGGGACAGCAACAAAAUAUGUGCUUAUAGAUACUUUACAAAAUUUGGAAAAAAUAUGUUAGAAAGUUAAUUAUGAUUCAUUGAUAACGAAGUUUGAUUAUAUGAUAAGUAUAUAUACAUCCUUAAUUGUCACGCAUCAUUUUUCUCGAUCACAGGUAUUGUAAUCAGAGAAUCGUAAACAUUGUCGAUUUUUUAUUUGGUCAUAACU